ACGCCUUUGAAGGUUUUGAAAAUUUUACUUCCGUAUUUCUGUAUUUUACUUCAAAACCACUCAUUUACUGUUACAAAGUGUUUUGAUUUUAUUGACUCUUCCCGAGUUACAUCCCCUGGGACCAUAUCAGGAACCUGUUUGACUUUAUGGGCAAAAUUCAAUGCAGAAGAUGUAAAUAACACAUGUUUGCACACUCUGGACUAAAAAUUGUUUUUGUCUCCUUGAAGAUCAGUAUAUUCAGGUUCUCCUACUGAAGUUUGAUUAUAUUCAAAUUAUGUAUCUUAACGUACAGUAUCUUGAAAUAGGGAAAUUGAAUAAAUCAAAAUAAAAAACAAAGGAAUUUACAGGGAAGCUCUACCAAGAAAGACUGGCAGCCAGUAUGCUAUAUCAUCCCUGUUCAUUCUGUAUGUCAAUCACAUGACUUUGAAGGCAGAAUAAAAGCAGCAUCGGCCAAUGAGGAAGCUUGUUUUCAAUCGUUUUCUUGCAGUUUCAGAACAGAAAUUGGAGCCUAGUAUUUUCCAAAUAUAUCCUCAAAAAGUUUGGUCUUGCUUUCUGUUUUGUACAGUAAUCACUUCUAAACAAGGAAGAAAGGUGUUGCUUGAUUUGCAAAGUUUCAGUGUAGCAUUGUAAAUUCCUGUAAUCUUUCUCUUACCGUGGUUAGUUAAACUAUAACUACUACUCUCACUAAGGAGUGAUGCAUAAACCAAGUUGUUUCUUUAUAGUACAGUUUGCCAGUACAAGUCAUCAAAUACAACUUUGAAGGCACUAAGAAUGGCAGAGGCAGAGGAAAUAUCCUGUAACAGGAGCUUGAUAUGCCCACUGUGCCUGGACAUUUUUGACAAGGCAACUCUCCUCUUUUGUGGACACACCUUCUGCAAGGCAUGUCUUCAAAACCUGGACAAUAUCAAACGCAAGAAUCCAAACCACCUGACUUGCCCUGUCUGCAGGAGAAAGUGCAUGCUUGGGAAUAGCAAAGUGAAUGGCCUUCCACCCAACAAUACUGUCAACUCCCUUGUGGACGACUAUAAAAACCACAAGUCCCUUUCUGCUUCCUCCUUUCUGGUGCAUUCCUCGGUUGAGAAACGCCAACAAGACACAAAGAUAAAACCUGUCCCAGCAAUUCGCAAGAUGAGAGUAGGAGUGCCCUCAUCAGGUUCAGAACAACCAUCAUCUAUUCCUCCAAAGGUACCAGACAGACCACGCAGAUCAGUGGACAAUAAUAGGACUGAUUUGGCAGUUUCUGCAAGCCCUUCUAUAGGGAACUAUGAAGUUCCAUCCCAUUUUCUGGAGCCACCACGAAAAGUUCCCUUGAUCAUCCUCAAAGUGGUAGAUCUUCCAGCCGGGAUUCGGGACAUGGCAUUGUUUGCUCCUGAGACAGUUUUAAUUGUUUACGGGAGCAGUCUUCAUGGAGCACAACUGUACAAGUCAACAGGUGAUCAUAGAGAACACUUCCACAACCUAGGAGCCAUCCGAAGUGUAGCCAUCUUGACCGAUGGCAGAGCCGUGAUUUCCCUCGGUAAAGAGGGAAUCCAAGAGUGCAACAUCGAUGGCAAGCUAACAGCCCGUCAGUUUCGGUACAAAAACUUCACAAAGUAUUAUUAUGUAUGCUGUGAUCAUUGCAAUAAUCUCUAUGCUGUCAAUGGCAACCCAGAAAUCUACUCCUUUGUCUUGGGAAAGGAUGCACCUGAGCGAGUCAUUCCCACCGGAAAGAUGAUCCCUUCACAGGUUUGUGUGGCCAAGUCAGGUGCCAUCAUUGUAAGCUCAGGUACGGCAACGCUCAGCAUUGUAGCCAUCUUUGAUAAGAAUGGAUGCAUCGGAAGUUGUGUUAACUCCCUGGAAAAUGAGGAGUUCCUCUAUGCAGCAGUGGAUCCUCUUGACCAUGUCUUUGUGGCAAGGGUGAGGCCAAGAUCUGGUCUUAUGUUACUAUCAAGGUACAAGCUCAGAGGAACCCAACUAACGGACUUCACUCAAUACAUGGCACUCAAUAUCGUCCCCACCACUGAAACAUGGUGCAAGCUUGUGUGUCUAUCACCAAGGCUCCUAGCAUUUGCCUCUAUGACCAAGAAACUAUACUUCAUUAAAAUUUAAAGAAUCAGAUAAAUGCUCCAUGACCAAGAUGGACAUCUAAACAAUCAGCUUCAAGCAUCGUUCUAUGUCCAUACAACCCAACUAAAUCUAAAUUUAUAAAAUCUACGAUGAACAUUGUGCUACUUCCAUGACCAAGAAAACAUUCCAUGAACCUAAUCAGUAUUGGCAAGUCUGUCAUCAAUGACAUGUUCAAGUCAAAUACAAGCAAGGUUCUUGGUUUGUCCAAUACUUA